AUGACGAGGUGGAGCUCGAGGAGGUGCGGCGAAGCCGAAGACAACGAGACGCUACUCAAGGAGGCGGGACGCAGUCGGAGAGGAGCAUCCGCGGAUCAACGGGGGCUCCGGCGCCGCGGGAUGGUCGUGGUGGACGCCGACAGGGGCAAUGGCCCGAUCGGCGGGCGGUUGGAAGGCACAGGUGAGGAGAGCAAGGCAAUGAACGAGGCGGGGCGGGGACGCCACGCGCAGCUCGGGGCUCCAACGCCGCGGGAUGGUCGCGGUGGACGCUGA